AUGGCCAUGGCGGCGGCGGCGGGGCGCGCGCGGCCGGCCACGGUGCUGGGCGCCAUGGAGAUGGGGCGGCGCGCGGGGCCCGAGCUGAGCGCCGCGCUGCUGCGCGCCUACGUGGCGCGCGGCCACCGCCUGCUCGACACGGCCGCCAUGUACGCGGACGGCGGCUCCGAGCGCAUCCUGGGCUCGCUGCUGGCCGGCGGCGGCGCCCCGGUGGAGAUCGCCACCAAGGCCAACCCCUGGGGUGGGAACACGCUGAAGCCCGAGAGCCUCCGCUCGCAGCUGGAGUCGUCCCUGGAGCGGCUGGGGAGGAAGAGCGUGGAGCUCUUCUACCUCCAUGCGCCGGACCACGGCACCCCUGUGGAGGAGACGCUGCGGGCCUGCAAUGAGCUGCACAAGGAGGGAAAGUUUAAAGAGCUCGGUCUAUCCAACUAUGCGGCGUGGGAGGUGGCAGAAAUCUGUACCAUCUGCAAACACAACAACUGGGUGAUCCCAACCGUGUACCAGGGCAUGUACAACGCCACCACUCGCCAGGUGGAGACGGAGCUGUUCCCCUGCCUGAGAUACUUCGGCUUGCGCUUCUACGCCUACAACCCGCUGGCUGGAGGGCUGCUGACGGGCAAGUACAAGUACGAGGACAAAGAUACAAGCCAGCCUCCUGGAAGGUUUUUUGGGAAUGACUGGGCCGAGACCUACAGGAACAGAUACUGGAAAAAGCACCAUUUUGAAGCGAUUGCCCUCGUGGAAGGGGCUAUAAAGGCUGCUUAUGGCUCCAGUGCCCCCAGCCUGACGUCAGCCGCUUUGCGCUGGAUGUACAAUCACUCUAAACUCCAGGGCUCCCUUGGAGACGCGGUCAUCAUCGGCAUGUCCAACUUGGAGCAGCUGGAGCAGAAUCUGAACGGCAGCGAGGAGGGUCCUCUGCAGCCAGCUGUGGUGGAGGCGUUCGACAAGGCCUGGAGCCUCACGGCGCACGACUGCCCCAGCUACUUCCGCUAGGAGCCGGCGCAGGGAAGGGCAGGCGGCGCCUCGGGAUCCCCCGGGGACCCUCUGGGCAGCUCUGCCGGCCACUCCUGCACCUCCCAAGCCGCCUGGAGAGCUCCCCAUCCACCCUGCUCUGCUCCGAACCAACAGGUGGCGAUUUCCCAUGGGAACAGAGCCCCUAGGAUUGGGCACUGCCGCCUUAAGCGUCCCACCUCGUGCGCCCUCCCCUCCGCGUGCGUCAGGGUUUGGAGAUGCCCCUGCUAGCGGGAAGAACCGGGGCAAGGGUCUGGUUCUCCAGCUCCCCUUCCCGUUGCUAAUGGUACCUUACAAUUUAAAUCAUUACGUAUACGAAUAAAUCUAAUGCAGACUGUC